AUGGCUCGAUCCAUUUCUGUAUCGAUCAUGCUAUAUGUAAUAACUUGGCCAUCUACUUCAUAUGCAUAUCCCAUUUUUGCGCAGCAGGGUUAUGAAAAUCCACGAGAGGCGAAUGGGCAUAUUGUCUGUGCCAAUUGUCAUUUAGCUAAUAAGCCUAUGGAUAUUGAGGUUCCACAAGUGAUACUUCCUGAUACUGUAUUUGAAGCAGUUGUAAGAAUCCCUUAUGAUAUGCAACUAAAACAGGUUCUUGCUAAUGGUAAAAAGGGGGCUUUGAAUGUAGGGGAUGUUCUUAUUUUGCCCGAGGGAUUCGAAUUAGCCCCCUCAGAUCGUAUUUCUCCCGAAAUGAAAGAAAAGAUGGGCAAUCUUUCUUUUCAGAGUUAUCGUCCCACAAAAAAAAAUAUUCUUGUGAUAGGUCCUGUUCCAGGCGGGAACAGAGGUAGGGGUCAGAUUUAUCCCGAUGGGAGUAAGAGUAACAAUACAGUCUAUAAUGCUACAUCAACAGGCGAAUCUAUCAAGCUUGAUCAGACACUAACAAGUAAUCCCAACGUGGGUGUAUUUGGUCAGGGAGACGCAUAA